UGAUGAAAAAUGCGCGCGGAGGGAGAGACUGGUGAGCGUUGACCCUCCAUCCUAUGUGAUUGCUACUUCGAAAGCACGCUACACGGGAGCAUCAUUCACUUCGUCUGCCUUUUCUCUGGUGUGGUGCCGUCUCUUCUGCUCACAUCCCAUUGUCCCGCUCUCUGUUCGCACAGAUGUGAACCCGAAUAUCAGUCAAUCCCAUUUUGAAUCACACAACUGCUGUUUGCUUGUAAUUGUUCGAAACGUAUUUCACAUUCAGUUUGCCAAACCCCGAAGAACGCUGUGCGGAAAAGAAGACCAAUGCUCUUUUUGGAAUAAGAUAAACUAAUCAUCCAUUUGUUCAUUCCAUUUUGGCUGCGUAGGCUAUUUGGCUUUAAGUAGAGCAACAGCAUGGAUCUCUCAUUUAUGGCUGCACAGAUACCGGUGAUGACUGGGGCAUUCAUGGACUCCUCACCCAAUGACAACUACAGUGGUGAACACUCACUUUUCAACUCCUCGGCCAGCGUCCAUGCUACCUCCAUGGCUGCCUCAUCCCAGGCCCAGCAGGAUGACCCGUCCUCGUCCAGUGAUGCUGUCUGGCUUUGGAUUGCCAUCAUCGCUACUAUUGGCAACAUAGUGGUGGUGGGAGUGGUCUACGCAUUCACCUUCUAAAUCACCUUCCUCUCCACCUAGCCAAGAACUAAAGAGCCUCUAAGCAAGAGUGUCACAUAAUAUAUGAUCAAAGGGCUCAUGGAGUCUGAGGGUUUUAUAGCUCAAUAAAAUCAUGUUUAGGAUAGGAAGAGUGUAUUAAAUACACACAAGUUCAACUGAUGUCUGAAGGGCAUUUUCAGCUUUAGUCGCCCAACUUUCAAAAGACAUUGCACUCCAGAAUGUUGUUGUGUUGCAUUGUGGGGUUGAAAGGGGCUUAAGACACAGACUUGAUGAACAGGACCAUCUUAAAUGUUCCCCAGAUAGAAGAGAGGCAAUUAGGAGGACUACUGCUUAAUUAUUUGGAUGAACAGAGACAUGAAUUUUAAAACAUUUAAGGGACGCUGGGAUUAAUUCUGCAUUAGCUGUGGGCUCAGCUUCUUAAUGCUCAUUAUCUAUUCUUCCAAAGGAAGACUUAAAGUAUUAUAUUUCCUUUGUUAAAUCAACAGGAAAUGGACCUCUCAUGAAAAAUUCCUACAAAUGGCUUUUAGAUCCUCAGAGAGCAAAUCUGCACCUGAAACCAAUCAAUAAAUACAUUGAGCAGACAUUUAACUUUUUUACAACAAACUUUGCAGAAAGACAUCAAAGUAUAUGAACAAGGUAAACCUGAAAUGUAUAAGCUCGGUUUUCUUUUUAUGGGCAGGAAGAUUAUGUAGUUUUACUGUAGGUUGGGAACCUAGUUGUUAUUUAGCUUCUUUCUUUGGAGUGUAUUGUGUUGUAUACGCUAAAAUAGUCAAUGAGGCAGAGGGGUUGGUUGGGCCUACUAUGUCUCAGAGUAAUUUUUUAAAGAUCUACAGAGUAUAGAAAAUGUUACAUUAUUUUCUUCCCAUAGGUAUUUUAUAGUAUGACAAAAUGUCAGGGUACAAAACUCUCUGGAAUGUUCAGAUCAACACAACUUGCCCUUUGUACCCUAGGACACAUUUCAGAAUGAACCGCAGUAAUUACUUUAAAACGGACACUAUGAUACAUGGUAAAAUAUCAAAUUAUGUACGAUAUUAUCGACUGUGAAAGCACCACCUACCACUGUGGUUUCAGAAUUGCCCAUAUUGUGCAAUUUCCAUUAGAAUGUCGGAAGCUUAGAUAUGUAAUAUGGCAGCUGUAGGGGUUUGGAUUCUAACUUCGGUGACAAUUGACCAAAUUUCAACUUUUCAAGGUUUAACAAAUAGUUGUAGAUAAAAGGCUACAACAGAAUUUAUGCAUUAACCCACAGAGAAACGUUUCAAUAGCAAACAACUCAACUGGGUAGUAUUGAACACAUUUUCAUGACUACAGUGCCCUCCACUAAUAUUGACACCUGUUAAAUUUUUUUGCUGUUAAUCCUCUUGGUUUAUCAUCUUUCAUUUCAAAUAUUCCCAAAAAUCUAAAUGGUUUGAGUGGACAAAGAAUCUCCAAGGAUCACAACUAAAGAAUUGCAGAUGAUUAGUUGGGUUUUGGCACCAGAAAGUAUCCAAAACUACGAUUAGACGGCACCUAUAUAACCACACGUUGUUUGGGAGUUGCCAUAAAAAAGCUUUUGAUUGAUUUGAUUCAUUGUAUUAUUUGAUACAUUAGCACAUUGCUGCCACAAUUUUGUGAAUAAUUUUGUGAAUAAUAUUUUAACUGUACUUGGUACACAUGGCUCAUGUGGUUGUGUAGUAUACAUUACCAUUAAAAUAUAUGUUUAAGUAGAAAUAUAUUCCUCAUGCAGGUAUUGUCAUUAGACAAUAAAACUGAAUUGAGAAGCUUCUGUUGUGUUAAUGUGUGAAUUCUAUGGUGGCAAUUAAUCAAAAAAAUAUUUUAGGUCAUUUUGAAAUGUACCCUUGGGGUCAAAGAUUAAUUUGUGUUAACAUGAACAUUCCAAAUAUGUGCCUGUGGAUACCAGUGAAUCUAGGUUUUAUUAUGUUUAACGGGUAUACUUGAGCGUUCUCACAUGCCGACGGUACACACCAUAUGAGAGAAAUAUAUAUGUGAUAUCACACAGAAAGCUACCAUUGACACCCUGCUGUAACAGAUUUUCAAACUCUAGGGAUCUUAAAACAAUAAAUACGGUCAGCCCAAGUUUUAGAUGUCUGGUUCAUUUACAAAAAAAAGUCUGGUAAUAAUAAAGCUGGGCAUUAUUUCAUCUGUUUCUGUCAAACUAGUUUCUCUAAAUUUAGAACUGUACAGUGAAUCACAUUUGUGCUGCCAUGGGAUCCAGAGGCAGUUGUUACCAUGGUGAUUAAUCCUUAUCCUUAAUUGAGAAUAUUAACAGUCUCUUUUCUAGAUUCUAGCCUUUGGUGUCACCACAGUGGGGAUUCUCACAUCCCAAACUCCAUCCAAGUGUUCUACUAGCACACAGAUUGUUGUUCAUGUACCUGGAUGUGAGGGCUCUACUGCUCUUAAGGUUGCCAGUAACAGCGCUAUUACGAUCAAAACUAAUGACUGCUUUCAGUGCAGAAAAGACCUGAGAAGAACAUACAAUACUCAAUAUAUGAUGAUGGAGACUUGUUAGCAUAUGUAUUGUAAAUUCUAAUGAUAUCAUUCUAAAUCUUAGCGCCUUUUUUUUGUUCAAUUAAUAAUUUUUGUAUACUUUCUUGAAGAAAAAAAAAGACUUUGUAGAAAGAAAGUUGUAGAGAGUUGUCUGGCUAUAUAGCAUCUACCCAUGCUACAUAUUGGUGUUUAUUUAUACAACACACUGGUACUUGCAUUAAACAUCUGUUAUAGAACUUCCUUUGAAUUGUACUAUAUUAAUCAAAAAAAUUGAGAUAAGUUAAUUCUUGUACUUUUUUAUGAGA